CCCGGUGGACACCAGUAUUGGUACUCGGCGAGCAACCAGCUAGGGUCGAUACUGACGACGGCGGCCAAUUUGGGCUCUUUAGGCGAACCUAACUCGUCGAACAAGCCGUCGGGUCUAAGCUCUGAUUCGAUGCAACUAUUCCUGAUGAACCCGCAACCACAUCGGCAGCAGCAACAGCACGCGAGAUCUUCUCCUCCGUCUCCGCCGCAAUCUCUCCACCACCACCACCACCAGACGCUAAUCCCAGGGUUUGGAGAUAACGCUUCUUCCUUUGGUGGCGGCGGCGGUGGUGUGGUGGAGGGACAAGCUCUAUCCUUAUCACUAUCCUCAUCCCUGCAACAAUUUGAAUUGCGCAAGGCUGAGGAUCACUUUAGGCUGAGAGAGGGGUUGGUGUAUAUUAAUAACCAACAACAGCAACAACAGCUGCAGCAGCAGCAGCAGCAGCAGCAGAAUAAUCCAAUCUUACAGUUGCAACAAUCUCAUGGGCAACAAUUGGGCCAAGCACACCAUCUGCAGAUGGGCUACGGUCCGAUGGGGGUCGCAAACCUCCUCCGCAAUUCCAAAUAUGCGAGGCCGGUGCAGGAGCUGCUCGAGGAGUUCUGCAGCGUCGGGAGGGAGCAGUUGAAGGGGGAUCGGCUGAGGGCCCUGCGCGGAAGCGGUGGCUCCUCUUCGUCGAACCCAAAGGCUAACAACCCUAGCUCGUCGACCGCCCCCGCCACCGCGUCGUCCUCCUCUUCCAAGGACCAGCUCCCUCCUUUGUCUCCUGCUGAACGAUUUGAGCACCAAAGGAAGAAAGCUAAGCUCCUCUCCAUGCUUGAUGAGGUGGACAGAAGAUACAACAACUACUGCGGCCAAAUGCAGAUGGUGGUGAACUCCUUCGACUCGGUGAUGGGGUUCGGGGCGGCGGCGCCGUACACGGGGCUGGCGCAGAAGGCGAUGUCGCGGCACUUCCGCUGCCUCAAGGACGCCAUCGCCGCGCAGCUGAGGCACACGUGCGAGCUCCUCGGGGAGAAGGACGCGGCGGGGGGCGCCGCGGGGGGGGUCACGAAGGGGGAGACGCCGCGGCUGCGCCUCCUCGACCAGCGGCUGCGGCAGCAGCGGGCCUUCCACCAGAUGGGGGGGAUGAUGGAGCAGGAAGCCUGGCGGCCGCAGCGCGGCCUGCCGGAGCGCUCCGUUACCAUCUUGAGAGCGUGGCUCUUCGAGCACUUCCUCCACCCGUACCCGAGUGAUGCAGAUAAGCAUUUGUUGGCCAGGCAAACAGGUUUAUCCAGAAACCAGGUGUCGAAUUGGUUCAUCAACGCGCGGGUGCGUCUGUGGAAGCCGAUGGUGGAGGAGAUGUACCAGCAAGAAGAGAAAGAAGAAGGCGAUAACACCACCCAACACUCAGACCCCACCGCCGCCGACCCCAACGCCAAUGCCGAUGGAAACGCAGCAGCGCAAUCCCGAGAAUCACUUUCCCCGCCCGGCGUGGCUCACGUCGACGACUCUGUCGACCUCGACAUCGCUGUUGACCCAUCGCCGCCACCGGAGCUCUUUGGGGGCGCCGCCGACGACGUGUACGUACACCGCUACGGGUGGGGGCCCGCCGCUGCUCAGGCGAGGGUGGGGCCCACGGGUGACGUGUCGCUGACGCUGGGCCUGCGCCACGCAGGAGGGAACGUUAAUGAGAGCGGAGUACCCUUCUCGCUGAGGGAUCACUUUGGCGCUUAAUUAAUUAAUGCAUGGUGUUUGGCAAUUACAGUAUGCGUACGUAUAUAUUAUAUAAUUAAUUAGUUAAUGUUAGAUAAUAAUGUGACACACAAAUAAAUCUUCUUCUUUUCUUUUGAUAAUUUUAGACUUUUUUUUUUCUUUUAUUUUUUCUUUUUUUUGAAGAGGUUGAGAGAGAAGAGGUAUAUAACAAAAAACAAAAAAAACCAACGUAUGAUAUAAGUAGUUUUCGCACAUUUUUUUUUGUUUUUAUUUUGUAUGUACAUUUGAGAACCAACACAAAAAUUGUACGUAUUGGGGGGGGAGAGGUGACAGUGAAUUGAGGAUUAGCGUGAUGUAUUCUGAAAUGAGCUUUAAUUUUUUUUAUUCUCCUUUGA